AAACAAUUUAACAUUUCAUUUCAUUUCAUUACUAGUUUUGUUCAAAUUUAGUCAUCGUGAAAAUUUCUCAAAAUAAACUAAACUAAACUAAAAUGGAAACAGUUCAAUCUCAAUCUCAAUGUCAAUUUAAAAUGGCAACAAAAAUGAAAAUAAAUGAUAUGGAUAUGGAUAAAAAUAUAAAUCCGAAUUCGUCGUCAUCCGAACCGAUUCCUGGUUAUAUUGCACCAGAUAAACCAAUGGAAUGUAAAUGGUCAUUGAAUUGUGAUGAUGCUUCAAAUCCACAUUGUCAUCGUAAAUAUGUUACGAAACCAAAAAUUAUGGAUUCAAUAUUGGAACAUAUUGGUGAUACACCAUUAGUACGCUUGGAUCGUAUACGAAAAUAUUUCAAUAUUAAAUGUGAAUUAUUGGCUAAAUGUGAAUUUUUCAAUCCUGGCGGUUCGGUUAAAGAUCGUAUUGGUUGGCGUAUGAUAUUGGAUGCUGAACGUGAUGGUAAAUUGAAACCAGGUGAUACAAUUAUUGAACCAACAUCCGGUAAUACUGGUAUUGGUUUAGCAUUAGCAUCAGCUAUACGUGGUUACCAUUGUAUAAUUGUUAUGCCGGAAAAAAUGAGCAAUGAAAAAGUAAAUGUUUUACGUGCAUUAGGUGCAGAAAUUAUUCGUACACCAAAUAGUGCUCGUUUUGAUUCGCCAAAUAGUCAUAUUUGUAUUGCACAAAAACUUCAAUCACAGAUUAAAAAUUCAAUAAUAUUGGAUCAAUAUCGUAAUCCGGGUAAUCCAUUAGCACAUUAUGAUACAACUGGAUUUGAAAUACUUGAACAAACUGAUGGAAAAUUGGAUAUGAUUGUAAUGGGUGCUGGAACUGGUGGUACAAUGACCGGUGUUGCACGUCGUAUCAAAGAAGAGUUACCUGAUUGCAAAAUAAUUGGUGUCGAUCCAGUUGGUUCGAUACUUGCCGGUCCUAAUCAAACAAAUGUUACAUUCUAUGAAGUUGAAGGUAUUGGUUAUGAUUUCAUACCAACAGUAAUGGAUCGAACUAUUGUUGAUCAAUGGAUCAAAGUUGAUGAUCGGGAAAGUUUACGUUUAGCACGUUUAUUAAUUCGAUUGGAAGGUUUAUUAUGUGGUGGAUCAUCUGGUUCAGCAUUAGCUGGUGCAUUACGUGCCGCUAAACAUUUAAAUGAACAACAACGCUGUGUUAUUGUAUUGCCGGAUGGUGUUCGUAAUUAUAUGACAAAAUUUCUAGAUGAUGAUUGGUUGGCUGAACGUAAUAUUGAUCUACCGGUUGAACUUCAACCCAAACAAUCAGCUAAAUGGUUUUAUAAUAAAACUGUGAAAGAAUUGAUUCAAGGUGUGAAUGUGAAAACAAUUGAAGAAACGGCAAAAUGUUUAGAUGCAAUCAAUAUAAUGAAAAUGAAUGGAUUUGAUCAAUUACCAGUGGUCAUCAACAAUAAUAAUGGAAAUAAUCAAAAACAAUUAAUCGGUAUGGUUACUGUUGGUGAUAUAAUGUUAAAAUUAGCCGCUGGUACAAUUAAAAGUUUAGAUUGUCCAAUAACAAAUGUUGUACAAAGACAAUUUCCAAUUAUGCAAUCAAAUGAAUCGAUUGGACGUUUAAUACAUUUAUUACGACGUAAUCCAUAUGUAGCAAUUGUUGUUGUUAGUGAAUCAACACAACAACAACCAAUUCGACAAAUGAUUGAAGCCAUCAUAACACAUAUUGAUAUUUUAAACUAUUUGGUUAAAUUCGAUCAAUCAGAUUAAACAUUAUUAAAACUA